UUUCUUUCACAUCACGAUCGUUAAGUUUGUUGAGUGCGUUCAUUCGUUCUAUCUAUUGAUCCUCUCGACCUAAACGACGUGAACUACCUCCUGUAGGACCCCAUCGCUUCUCGAUCUGGUACUGACGUUGCGCAACAUGGUCCACAUUUCCUCUCUGCUUCUGGGACUCUCAGUAGCGGGCAGUAUAACUGCAGCUCGUCCAUAUGGGUACGACAGACCGGCCAAGAUCUCCCUGUACGACCCGUCCAGCGCCGUCGAAGCCUCAUCCGACCCAGCGGAGCUCGACUGCGGAGAACACAGAGGACCGACCAUCUACUCUCUUAAUAUCAACACCUGUCUCUGGGGAGAUUUCCCUCUCACCCACUUCCGGGUUACGACAAUGCCAGUCUGCGCAAGUGGUGCUCAACCUGUGGCUUACUUCUUCUCUACGACAAGCUGCACUGGCAACCCGAAUUUCCGCUCUGACAAUCAAAUCAUCAAUCAAGAAUACCGUGGCCUCCACGACAAAUGUCUGUCCUUGAAGUCACCAGCACAAUGGUCGAUGAUCUUCCGUUGCGAUAAGCAAGAGUCUAGAAGCAACCAUUAUGUUCAAGCGAUUCCUUACAACUACAACUCAAACAAAACCCCCAUUCCCACAGAUCCGAAAGCCUCAGACGCUGUCGUAACACCACACACUUCAUUCGAUUGCACGAUCUGGAAGCCCAAGAAGCCCACGCACCUUCCUGCUGACACCUGCAUCACAUUCGAAGGCCGUGAAAGUCGCAGCGUCUUUAUAGACAAGCCAGCGACCUGCGCAGAUGGGUCCGAAGCACUCUUGGAAUUGUUCAGGGAACCAGGUUGCGGAAAGGAGUUGUCCGAAGGAAACGAUGGAUUCACGGGCUGGGGUGGAUCGUUCGUGUCCACGAAGUGUUACAGUUCGGAUUCGCUUAUCCGCAGCAUGUGCUUCCGCUGCGGUGACAAGGAGAUGAAGAUGUACGAGGAUUUACCUCCUUAUAAACACGCUGAAGUGGAACCUCUCGUCCUCCAUGGAGCACCGAUGUCUACCCAAGACGAUGAAGAGCCUGUACUGCUAGUCGAUCCCAACAGCGAGAAAGUCCUCAAGCCAACCUUCAGUCCUGGUAUCAGCCCCCAAAGCACCAAGCCUCAAGGCGGAAAGGUUGAAUCAUACUACGUUGAAAAUUGUAAGAUUGAGGAGGGACGCUCCCACAGCGUGUCCGUGAGACGAGCCGAUACCUGCGUCUGGAGCUUCAUGUACAAGAGCAUGGAAGUCACGUCUCCUGCCGUCUGCGCGAACGGCACGCAAGCCUUAUUCGCCACCUACUCGCGUCCUGGCUGCAAGCCCGACGACCUCAAGUACCUCGGCGAAAUUCCCGAGGAGUUCACAGAUGGCUGUGCAGAUAUCUCGGACAUUGACAGCUUUGCUUUCAUCUGUGAGGGCUUGCCGGAGACCGAGAUUGGUAAUAAGGGGAGUGCGGGUGGGUUCCUUAAGUUUAUUGGGAUUGUUCUUUUGAUUUUGAUUUUGAUGAUUGGGUUGAGUAUUGCGAGCUGUUGUCUCAGGGGAGCGGCGAUGAUGAAGCAGGCUAAUGAACUUUGGGCGCGUAUUAUGGAUGCGUUCAAGGGGAGAGAAGGCGCCAUUCAACUGUAGAGGAAUUGCUUGGAAGACGAACUUGGGAGCUGGGGGGGGAUUACUUGGCGUUCUUCUGCGGAAAGGAGGUUUCAUUAUUCUUUGGUGGACAUGGGAAGGAAAUGUGCCCAUGGAGCUUAGGAUAUCAGGGGCUGUCAAGAACUAUAACCAGAAUAGAAAACUUUAGCUACCGGCUUUGUUUCCAUUCAACGAGAACGUACCCGCA